AUGAACAUCCGCCGUGCUCGGCCCGAUGAUCUGAUGAACAUGCAGCACUGCAACCUGCUGUGCCUGCCCGAGAACUACCAGAUGAAGUACUACUUCUACCAUGGCCUCUCUUGGCCCCAGCUCUCCUACAUUGCUGAGGAUGAGGAUGGCAAGAUCGUGGGCUAUGUCCUGGCCAAGAUGGAGGAGGACCCCGAUGAUGUCCCUCAUGGACACAUCACCUCACUGGCUGUGAAACGUUCCCACCGGCGCCUCGGCCUGGCCCAGAAGCUGAUGGACCAGGCCUCACGGGCCAUGAUCGAGAACUUCAACGCCAAGUAUGUAUCCCUGCAUGUGAGGAAGAGCAACAGGGCUGCCCUGCACCUUUAUUCCAACACCCUGAACUUCCAGGUUAGUGAGGUGGAGCCCAAGUACUAUGCAGAUGGAGAAGAUGCCUAUGCCAUGAAACGAGAUCUCUCCCAGAUGGCGGAGGAGCUGAGACGGCAGCUGGUGCUGAAGAAGGGCAGAUACGUGGUUCUGGAUUCCAAGGAGAAUCAGGGCAGCACACUUCCUGGUUCUGAAGAGGCGUGUCAGCAGAACCUGGCUGGAGAUGACAGUGGCAGUGACAGCAAAGACAGCGCUGAUGUUCAGGACAGCUUGCAAGACUUGGAUUCCACCUCCUAGAGCCCGCUCGAGCAUUGUAGGUUCUUGCAUUUUAGCCACAGUUUUCUUGGGAACCCUGGCUCUGCUCUGCAGUGUCUACUCUGGAGUCACCCACAGUGACCCAAAUGGCUUCUCAUUGUCAGCGCUUAGCAGCAGCCUUCCACAUAGCCUAAUCAUGAAGGCACUCCAGGACACAAAAGCUGCUGUGCAGGAGCCAAGGAGCUUUGAGGACUGCCAUGGCAGCACCAUCCUUGGCUUCUCCCAUGCUGCCGGCUGCUGUAUUCGGUCUGCAGUUGUCCUGUACUGAUUGUGUGUAUGCUGUAGGGUUUUGCCUAGAAUGCCAAACAGGAAGUGGUGAUAACUCAGGAAACUCCCCAGCUUUCAGCGUUUGCCAUUAUUUGGGUUUUCAUUUUUGAGUAAGCAGGACCAUCGGUAGUCCUUAUGCCCUCUGCCUCUGUCUGGUGGAAGUUACCUACUCUUGCCUUCUAUGGAAACUGCCCGUGCCCUGCCCUCCCUCUUUGAAGAAGACUGUUCCCUUUUGGUGGGAGGAGAUAGGUGUUGGACUUCUGCACAAGCAGAAUUUGUAGAUCUUAAGUAAAGGACAAGCAGAAAUCAAUUUGUAAUCUCUGAACACCCCCCAAUAAAAAUAUUAAAAAGGGA